AUGCAUGCGGCCAUGGUCAACCGGUCCAUCCGCACCAUCAAAGCCGAACUCGAAUACCUUUGCGAUGCCUCCGUGAUCAGCCCUCAGACCCUCAGCGAACUUCUCAGCAAAGUCCCAGCACAAACAGCGCUCCAUGCGCCAAUCUCAGUAGGCGCUGUACCCUCCGCCGUCAACGGGCCCGUAUCCCACGCGCCAACGCCGGUGCCGAAUGCUUCAAUGAACAACUUGUCGCUCAACAACCACAAUCAGCCUCAGGCCAACUCGAACGGCUACUACGACGAGAAGGCGCAGCACGAACAAGCUCCUCCCGCAUACAAUGCUCCUCCACCAGUCGCCAAUUACCCACCUCUCGCACAAGCCACAGCUCUAUACCCGUACAACUCAACCGAUGCUGGAGAUCUCGAACUACAACCGAACGAUCACAUAACCGUAACGGAAUACAUGAAUGCGGAAUGGUGGAAGGGUCGGUCCAGCCGCACUGGACAGGAAGGUAUCUUCCCGCGCAGCUACGUCAAGGUCGUGGAAGAGAAGGCAGCGGCGUCGAGCACUACCAACAACUACGGUAACAUGCCGUUGGAGAUCAGCGGACAGGGUAACGGCGAGGGCAAAGUGCCAGGCAAAGCUGAGCAACAAGGCAAGAAGUUCGGCAAGAAGUUGGGUAACGCGGCGAUCUUUGGUGCUGGUGCCACAAUUGGUGGCAAUAUUGUCAACUCGAUCUUCUAAGGACCUCACCGGCUGUGUGCACAUGUGUACGAAACGCAGCCGCGGUUGACGUACAACUUCUCGGGAUAUUUCGAGUUAGACUUCAUGAGUUCCACUGGAUAGCACGGCGUUGGCGUUGCCACUGAGAAUUUCCACGAGAGCAUUGAUCUUAUCAUGCGUUCAACCCGAAUCGACAGUAUAAUGACAUCCAUGUUACCACGUUGAAAGUGUGCUCCUGUCAGCUCCAGGCGAAGAGUACGUACCUAGGAGAAAGGAGUGAUUGAGCAUGGCUAGUAGAACUACGGAUUUGGAUGCA